UUUACUCACCACCUGCGGUUCCGACUCAUGACCGGGAUCAUUACCGCUGUGACCGCUCCAUUUCAGUUUCAAACAAUCUGUAAAUCCAGCGUAGAACUGGGCCUUGUUUAUGAAAGCAGCCACGGAAAACACAACACACAGGCCCAUACUCAAAAAAAAGACCAGGAAGUUUAUGAGGAUUUGGAAGAGUAUUUUUGGCACAGAAAUACUCCGUCAUACGUCCAACUCGUGUUUUGAAACUUUGGCCAUGUUUAGCAUGAGAAUCCAACUCUUUAACAGAGUAAAUAAGUCAGAAUAUAUGAAAUAGCAUUCUUCUCAGAACUAAACUAAGUUUGACUGAAUUUUGACUUUGGCUGAGUUAUAAAUGAUUUCUAAUCUCUUUAUAAUCUUAUAUUAAAUUAUAAUAUUAUUUUUAUGCAUAUUUUGUUAAGACAUAGAUUAAAAAAAAAAAAAAAAAAAAAAACAUUAAAGAGUUCGCCUUGCUCAGAUCUUGAUUUUGACCAAUCAGAUUAGAGGAGCGAUUGAAUUACCCCAAUUUGGCGCCAAACAAUAGAAAUUAUAACAGACUUUAAUAGAAAGCGUUGAUGAAUAUUCCUAAAUUACCCAAACGUUACGCUUUUAUUUAGUGUCAUGUGUCGUAUUGUUCAAUGCGAACAAAUAUGGAUUUAAACCAGGAUGAGACCAUCGCGACCGAUGACGACAGUGGUGAAGCAGACCAGAGCUUUUACCUCAGCAGGUUAAUGUUGACAGAACAUCAGUUAUCGUCCCCCAUCGUCGUCUCUCCUGGUGUCCUGAGUGAAGAGAUUUCUCCUCAAAUUGACCUGCGGUGUUGCACCAAACAGAGCAGAAAUACAUCUACAACGGAACAGACUCAUGGCACCGUGGUUCCACCAGCAAAUGUUGUAAGAGUUCAAGCUGUUCUUAAUGAAGGAGAAAGUCCUUCAGAAAGGGAACACAGUGAAGUGGUGAGACCCAUUUCCAUAAAUGGCAGCAACUUGGAAGCCUCUCACCUGCAGCCUGAGCCUUCUUUGAGACGUUCAUUGAGAAUAAGUGCCAAGAAUAACGGAAAAAAAUCUGAUCCAUUGGCCACAAUGAAGAAUACUCAACUACUUAAUACUCAACACAGGUCACUGAAGGAGAGUCCAGACACAAGUGAACAACAAACAUUACUCACUGAACCCUUCGUCAAUACAGGUUUCCAUGGCAAAGGCAUUAUAAAACAAAAGACAGGGAGAUCCCUAUCACUCAAAACCAUUCAGAAGCGGAAUCGAUUUGGAGAGACAAAGCUGCAUUUGGCUGUCAUGAGGGGAGACAUUCAAGACGUCAAUGCCUUUCUUACAGUUGGUGUUUCUGUUAACGUAACAGAUUAUGCAGGUUGGACUCCACUCCAUGAGGCAGUGUGCAGAAACAACUAUGACAUGACAGAAAUUUUACUUGAAGCUGGAGCCCUAGUCAACUGCAGAGGAGAUAAUGGAAUUACACCUUUACAUGAUGCCAUACACUUUCAGUAUUACAAGAUAGUAGAUCUACUUCUGAAGAACGGUGCUGAUCCAUUAUCAAAGUGUGACAGAGGAAAGACUCCUAUGGACAUGACCACCGACACAUCUUUGGACAUACUGGGGGAGAAAUACCUGCAAAAGCCUAAAAUAGAUCCUUUUACAGCUGAAAAUCCACCCAGAGAUACUGAUUCUGAAUUUAAUCCAAAUAUGAGCAAAAGAAACAACCAGAACUCCAUCAGAGACACAAGAGCUCCUCUUCCUAAAUCAACUGUCGAAGGAACUGCUGAUACAAUUGAGCAUGAAAGCAGCCUGCAGUCUUGUGAAGAUGAACCCAUUCCUGGUCCAAGCAGAGGACAGCCAAACUAUGAUCCAUCCAUGAAGUUUCAGGCCCCUUUCAAAGUGGAACCAUCACCUCAGACUAGCAGCAAUGUACUGUGUCUUGUGAGAGACCAAGGACAGGACUUCUGUAGCCAGGGUCCCUCUCUGGUUCAAGAUCAGGAGAGUGAGGGAUCAGACACCUCCAGCUGCCUAGACAGUGAUGUUACAGUGGAAUAUAUCGAAGAUAAUUCAUCAUCACCAGAGCAUUGGACUCUAUGUGCCACUCAAGAUUUCUCUGGUUCCUAGAGCACUAGAUGUUUCUGUGGAUUGUCAAAUAUCUGAAGUUCAUUCAGUUGACAUUUGACACUUAAAUUUUGGGUUUUUUUCUGUAAGUUAGUUCUCUUAUGUUCUUUUACAUCAUUUGAGCUGUAUGCUGUCUGUGAUAAUACAUGCUUUGGUGGAAGUGAUGUCAUCGCCUUAGUAAUCAAUUACAAAAUGUAUAGGCAUAUGGUAUAUGUUCAAAGUGCUGCAAUUUUCCAUAUGAAUUUGUAGCUGCAUUUUAAAAUUUACAUGAAUGUCCAGCCAAAAUUGUAUUAAAAAUUGUAUGUUAAUUACAUUUGUUUUGUUAUGCGAAGUAAGCAGUGUUAUACAAGUAUGUAAUUAAAAUUUAUAAUAGCAGAUCUACUCUAGUUUCAUUUGUUUGGAAUUUAUGACACAAUGUAGUUGUUCAUUUGAUUUAAACAUUUGAUCUGUCUUCUGAAUAUGGUUGUAAACACAAUACCACAUAGUUUUAGGGGGAAAUUAUUUGUUGCCUUUUGAUUCAUUCAAAAAACCUUAACGCCUUAAAAUAAUUUUAAUGCAAAUAAAUUAGUGAAGCAUGUGAAAUUGCAUCAUUAAUGUAAUUUAUUUUACGCAGUUAGAUGAUCUUGGGUGUUGGGA